UGCCCUCAUUCAACCGGUUCGGUUCGGGUCGGGUGGGCGGUGGCGGUAGCAUCAGCUCGAGCGAGGAAGAGGAGGGGAGGCGAUGGAAGCGAAGGCGGAAGCUCCGCUUCUGGAGGUGGCCGCCUCGGCCGGUGGUCGUAGCAGCGGCCGGGCAACGGCAGCGCAGACGCUGGGGAACAUCGUGGUGUCGAUCGUGGGGACGGGAGUGCUGGGCCUGCCUUACGCCUUUCGUGUCGCGGGUUGGCUCGCGGGCUCCCUCGGCGUCGCGGCCGCCGGCGUCUCCACCUACUACUGCAUGCUCCUCAUCGUGCAAUGCAGAAAAAGAUUAUGGGAGGAGGAGGAAGAAGAAGAAGAAGAAGAAGAAGAGAAGGCAAAUGAGUUGUUGCAUUUACAAACUUAUGGGGAUUUGGGUGGGAAAGCCUUUGGGUCCAUCGGUCGCUACAUGACUGAACUUCUUAUUCUUGCUGCCCAAACUGGGGGUUCUAUAGCUUACUUAGUCUUCAUUGGUCAGAAUCUCUCAUCGAUCUUCACAUCAAUCAAAACCAAGGAACAACACAUAAACCCGGCUGUCUUUAUUUUCCUCCUUUUGCUUCCCCUUGAAAUUGCUCUUUCUUUUAUUCGGUCUCUUCCUUCUCUUGCCCCUUUCAGUGCUUUUGCUGAUUUGUGCAACAUUCUUGCAAUGGCCAUUGUCAUCAAAGAGGACCUUCAAAUCUUUGACAAUUCCAGGAACAGGAGUGCUUUUAAUGGGGCUUGGGGACUACCAUUUGCAGGAGGAAUGGCAGUGUUCUGUUUUGAAGGCUUCAGCAUGACAUUAGCAUUAGAGGCAUCCAUGGCUGAGAGGCGAAAAUUUCCCUGGGUGCUCUUGCAGGCAUUCAUUGGGAUUACUGUUGCCUAUGUUUGUUUUGGGUUAUUUGGUUAUCUAGCAUAUGGAAAUGAGACCAAAGACAUAAUAACACUUAAUCUUCCAAACAAUUGGUCUGCUAUUGCGGUAAAGGCUGGGCUCUGCAUAGCUCUAGCAUUCACAUUUCCAAUCAUGAUGCAUCCGAUCAAUGAGAUCAUUGAGACAAGGCUGAAGUCAAGUCGAUGGUUUCAGAAGCUUAUUAACACUUUCCGAUGUGCAGAGUGGUUAGGGUUGCACGGGAGCCGCAUACUUGUGUUGGUGCUGCUGUCUAUGUUGGCUUCUUUUGUCCCAGGCUUUGGAAACUUCGUCUCUUUCGUGGGAAGCACUGUUUGUGCACUGCUCUCCUUUGUUUUGCCAGCCAUGUUUCACCUCACUAUUAUUGGUUCUGAAAUGAGAUCGUGGCAGAGAAUUUUGGAUUAUUGCAUAAUUCUUAUUGGUCUGGCUUUUGCUGGGUAUGGAACGUUUAACACCAUCUCAGGCCACUCAUCCAAUUGACAUUUUGGCAAAGGAAUCGCAGGACAGUUCCAUCUUGGCCUGGUAUGUAUGUUGGUGCCUAGAGUCACUAGUCAUGUGUUAAGAGUGCCAGCUGAAGUGGGUGAACAUGCAUUGUGACUAUUCUCCCAUGCAAAAGAACAGUAGCCUUCAUCGAUAAUCAUCCUUUAAAUUUGAUGUACUUCUUAAUGGACACAUAAAUUAGUAUUUUCAUAAAAUUUAUUGUAUAGGAAGCUGAAUUAUUAUUCGGGCCAUAAAUAUAUUAGAAAUGUGGCUCUUCAAACAAAACCACUCUGCUACUUGAUCUUUGAACAAGUAUCUUUGAUGUACUCGGUGGAAAUUAUGGGGUUUUUUGGCAUAUUACAAGUGUGGCUAAUCAAGUUUUGCUGCUAUCUCGGUUAAAACAGUGCCAUUGUGGAAGCCUAAGAUGAUUGAUCUUGCUAUGGUGAAAGUACCUGUGACAGCUUUGUGAUCCAGCAGAAUGUGCUACUCAAAGUAGUUGUUUUCCUCUGGUAAAUUCGGACUUGAACUGUACAAGAUAGUUUGGCCAACAAUAUACCGGUGCUGAUUAUCGGAUUACUACCUUCAGAUAUUUCAUAUUUGGUAUAUCUUUCUCGGUGAUUGCUCCUUUCGGAUAUUGUAAGAUCAAUAAUCUUUUAUUUAUGCCACAUUUGCUAGUUUUCUUGAUACAAAUAUUCUUCGACUUCCUGGGA